AUGGAGACUCGAAUGAGUCAAAUGGCAACUGUCAUUAAUCGCCUGAAGUCCCACGUCUAUGGAAAAUUGCCUUCGCAGCCUGAGGCAAACCCCAGAAAUGUAAGUGCCAUGACAUUAAGGAGUGGCAAAGAGGUGGAGGGGCCUAAGGCCACGAACCUGAAAAGUAAGAAUGAAAAGGAGAUGGAAGAAGAAGGAUGCAUCUGUGGCAACCCUGCGGUAACUCUUACUCCAUAUGUGCCCUUUAAAUCUAAUUUAUCCCCUUUUUCAUGCAGGUUAGAGAAGACGAAGAAGGCGAAAAAGGAGAAAGAGAUCCUGGACGUAUUUAGAAAGGUGGAGAUCAACAUCCCAUUGUUGGAAGCAAUCAAGCAAGUACCAAAGUACGCGAAAUUUCUCAAGGACCUGUGCACCCAUAAGAGAAAGUUGAGAGGGGAUGAAAGAAUAGUAAUGGGAGAAAGCGUAUCAGCCAUACUCCAAAGAAAGCUCCCACCCAAAUUUGGGGAUCCAAGUAUGUUCACGAUCCCUUGUAAGAUUGGAAAUACGCCGAUCAGGAAGGCCAUGUUGGAUUUAGGGGCGUCAAUCAAUGUGAUGCCAAAAACCAUUUAUACGUCUUUGAAUCUAGGGCCACUAAAAGAGACGGCCAUCAUAAUCCAACUAGCCGACCGCACUAAUGCCUACCCUGAGGGGCUAGUUGAGGAUGUCUUGGUUCAGGUAGAUGAAUUAGUCUUUCCUGCAGAUUUUUAUGUCCUGGACAUGGGGGAUGAAAAGUCGUUAAAUUCGUCGCCUAUCUUGUUAGGUAGACCGUUUCUUAGCACUGCCAGGACUAAGAUAGAUGUGAAUGAGGGUACUUUAUCAAUGGAAUUUGAUGGUGAAAGGGUACAUUUUAAUAUUUUUGAGGCGAUGAAGUAUCCAGAGGGUUCUAACUCAGUCUUUGCUUUGAUUGUUAUUGAGCUUCUUGUACAGGAAACUUUCGAGUUGGAUGGUAAAGACGCAUUGGAAGUGGCCCUGACAAAGCAUCUCGAGUUGGGAGUGACCCCUGAUGUGGACAUGAGGGAUAAGUUGCAUCGAGCAAUUGAACCUUUACAUUCACUUCCAACCAUUCAUCCAAGUUAUGGGCUCGCUUCCCUUUUUGUGCCAGAAACUCAUACAAGAUUAUUGCCAUCGGUGGUGCAGGCACCAGAGUUAGACCUUAAACCUCUCGCGAAACAUCUGAAGUACGCGUUCCUGGGAGACCGAGAAACACUACCGAUAAUCAUUUUUGCUCACCUGUCUCCAAGUCAAGAGGAAAGACUGGUGCGACUCCUUAGAGAUUAUAAAGAGGCAAUCGAGUUGAGCAUAGCAGAUAUCAAAGGGAUAAGCCCUUCGGUAUGCAUGCACCGGAUAAGACUCGAGAAUGAUGCAAAAGUGGUAAGGCAGGCACAGCGGAGGUUGAACCCCUUAAUGAUGGAGGUUGUGAAAAAAGAAAUACUCAAACUCCUGGAGGUGGGGAUCAUCUUCGCUAUCUCAGACAGUCCUUGGGUGAGCCCCAUUCAAGUGGUCCCGAAAAAGGCAGGGGUGACUGUAGAGGAGAACUAG